UCAGUCACCUUGCGACGAGACUUCCAGGGAAAGUCAUCUGCGAUAUUACAACAGUUAAUUUCAUUUAAAAGUUUAAAUUUACGUUUCUGUUGUCAACCUCUUGAGGCCAGUUUAUAUUCUCGCAUAUGGGUUUCCAGCACAGCACUUUGAAAGACGUAGACCUGUAUUUUCCAUGAUAUCCCCAAUGGAUUAAAAUACCGGAAGAAUAGUUCCUAUUUAAUUGUCAGGUAUGAAUAAGGUUAUAUCGGAGCUUAGCAUUGAUGAAAUUAAGGAAGAACCAGAUUCGGAUAUGGGGAUAAACACAUUUUCUAUGUGCCAAGAUGAGGUUGAGAACAUAAAGAAAGAAUUUCCAGUUACAUUUAUUGCAGUAAAAAGUGAGCCUGAGGAUAUUUUGGAUGCAAUAGAUGAGGAAACUGUACCAGAUAAUGAAGUAUGUUCGUCAUAUGUUCAAAAUGGAAGCCUCCUUGUUGAUUUGAAACAUGAGGAAGAUCCUUUGCUACUAAAGUUUGAAAAGAAGAAUAUUAAUUUUGUCGAUGGCACAGUUCAACCCUAUUUCUGUGAUAUCUGUCACAAAUCAUUUAAAUAUCAUAGCAUGCUUUUGGCCCAUUGUCAUGUUCACAGCGAAGAAAGACCAUUUGUAUGCAAAGUUUGUAAUAAGGCAUUUAAAAAAGGAGGUGCCCUUCAGAGACAUACACUAGUGCAUAGUGGAGUAAGGCCGUAUUCAUGCGAUGUGUGUAAGAAGACUUUUGGCGUGUUGGGUAACCUGAAGCAUCAUCUACGUACUCAUACCGGCGAGAGACCAUAUACAUGCGACAUAUGUAAGAAAACUUAUUGUGAGUCAAACAACCUGAAGAAGCAUUUAAAAGUUCAUACCGGCGAACGUCCAUAUGUAUGUGAUAUUUGUGAGAAAUCUUUUUAUUUCCCUUCUGAUUUGAACGGACAUCGGCGAGUACAUUCUGGAGAACGUCCGUAUUUGUGCGAUGUAUGCAAUAAGUCUUUCAAACAUCGAGGUGACAUGACUAGACACGUGCGUUUACAUACUGGUGAGCGGCCUUAUUCUUGUGAAAUUUGUAAACAAUCCUUCACCAAACGGUAUCACUUGCAGAAUCAUCAUCGCAUUCAUGCUAAUAAAAAUUCGGAAUGAAAAUUUUGCCAGCACCACGUUGGUAAAUCGAGAAUAAGGAAGACACACCUCCUGCAGACAAAGAUCUUGAAAGUCCAUGAUUAACAAGACCUUGUGGAUGAUGCAAAAUGCUUGCACAUCAUUCAUAGAUGUAGUAAAACUGCACAUUUGUGUCUCUUGUAUUUAGAAUAAGGUGUUGAAGAAGAACCCCAUUUUGCUGCAUGUUCAUUCCGUCUUGCCCCAUACACUGGGGCAAGAUGGGGUGAUUUUCUUCAGUAAAAGAUGUUAUUGGGUACAUUAAUAGUAGUGUUCAAAGUAUUUUAGUUUAUUUAGUUCUUUGUAAAGCCAUUUAAACAACAGCAUCUCCAUUUUUCCCUACCAUUCCAUUGUUUUAUGCGUUGUUGAGUGAUGCGAUGGACAAUGAAAGAAAAGUGUUUUUAAAAAUGCAACUUUUCUAGAUUCUCAUUUCCUUUGUCACUCUCUGGAGAAGCAAUCAUGCAAGCUUUUCACCCUCGUUGAGGCGUUCUGCGUGUAAUAAAUACCAGGUGAGCAAAGGAGGACUUCAGACUUUCAAAACGUUACAGAAAACAAAUCUGACACACUUGGAACUCCACACCUACACCAGUUAAUAUAAACACUAUAAAAGUUUUGUACACACUUCACAGAGAUUGAUACAUUCUCUGCGAGUCGCACGGCAAAUUUUGGUAUGAAAAUCCAACAUGUCCCAAACUUUGUGCUGUCUCUCCCUAGUGAUGGAGGCUAUGGCACUUGUGAUUCACUGUCUCAACGUUGACAAAGACUGCAGCGUAAAUGGAUACUCGGAAUGGUAGUUCAUAUGAAAUUGUGUACGAAAUUCACGUUGCACAGUUGUUACACUCUUGCAUUGCUAACUGCAGAACACACAAAUUCCUCUGCUGUGGGUAGGCAUUUUCAAAACUAGUGGCAUACAGCAGAGGUGUGAAACGGCAAUCAAUCACCUGGGUCACUUAAGACAAAAUAUUCAGAGUUUUUAUAUCAACUGGUGUAAGUGUUGAGUUUUACAUAACCUGCAUUUGUUUUAUGUAUCAUUUUGAAAGUUUAAAAUUCUUUAGUGCUCAGCCUGUAUUUUUAAAAAAUUAUGCCCAUUAUGCACACAAACAUCGAUAACACAUAUUAAAAGGUUUCUACUGUAAUUGUCCCUUUCCACUCAGAAUCGCCUUAGUCACAGGAAGGACACUUCUAAUAAAGGCAAACUAAGAGACAAAGAAAUUAACUAAAAAAAGUUUUUUCUAUCCCAUUUCAAGAAAAUUAUCCUAAAGGGGAUAACAUUUUUGCAAAAAUAUGUCAAAAAGUAACACUUACUGUAUAUUAUUUGUCCAUCUUCGCACAACAGGGUUCACAUCGUUUGGAAUAUGAUACAGGGCAUAUGUCUCACUUGUUGAUGAAUAACAUAAUUCAGAAUAAUUUACUGAAAGGUAUCAUAUAUGAUAAGGGACUAGAAGAAUCAAAACUUCACGAAAACUUUUUUCGUGAAACAAUGUGUAAUAGAUUAUAUAAAUUUAUUAAGAACUCGCAUGUUUAUACUUCACAAUUUCUUCAUUUUUGCUCAACUGCUGUACUGAUGUCUGUGGUCACAAGUGCUUUUAUAUGCUGAAACUAAUCGUCUACAAAAAUAAGCAGGCUGAUCGUCAAUUCAAUUUAGAACUUGAGAAAUUUCUGCAUACAAGAUCAUGGACACUUCGUUCACAGGCGUAAUCACGAUGCACGCGUUAAAAAGAGUCUGCUCCGAGGCCGAUUGUUUUCUUCUGUGGUACACAAAUGUAAGCAUCACGGUAAUGAGAAAAUAUCAUUUAGUUAUUUAUUUGGUGGAUGACAACCAGAAAAUUUUUGUUUCUUUGUAUCUUUCAGUCUUUCCAGGAGUACGAAUGUGUGGCGAACUGGGAAAUCAUUUUGAAAACUGCUUUUAUAUUUUCAAAACGAUCCUGAAUUGCAAAAGUAUCGCAAAUGCUGUGACCACAGUUACGUGUACAAAGUUUUAUGUUGGCCAAUACCUCAGAGAACUCAUUGCAGGGGAUGCAGGCAUUAUUCAGUCUGCUGUAUUACAUUACACUCAAUCAUAUGGUCAUACAUAAGAAGUUGUGUAAUUUGUUAAUCCAAUUAAUACUGUGCAAUCAUGCAUUUAAUAAAAGCUAAUUUCUUUAA